AUGCAGGCGAGGCGGGAGAUCCGGACGAAGCCGGAGCAGCGGGAGGAGGAGGAUGCAGCGUCGGCGGUGGCGGAGACGCCGCUGAGCGCGCGGUGGAGCCCGGAGGCGGAGAUCGGGAUGCGGGUGGAGGACAUCUGGGACAGCCUGGACCAGCCGCAGCUGAGCCGGAGCGACAAGCUCAACAGCUGCUUCGACGCCAUCGCCGUCUCCUCCUUCCCGCAGACCUUCGGGGCGCAGCUGGUGGACAUCCCCUCCGACGCCACGCUGGCCGAGGCCGUCGACAUCCUCUCCCGGAACCGGAUCAACGGCGCGCCCGUGCGCAACGUGGAGGCGCCCGAGGACGCGAGCUGGAUCGACCGCUACAUCGGCAUCGUGGAGUUCGCCGGGAUCGCCGUCUGGCUGCUGCACCGGUCGGAGGCCUCGGCGUCGGCCGCCGCGCUGGGCGCCGACGAGCUGGCCGCCAAGCUCGGCACGGUGACCCUCGACGGGGGCAGCGGCGGCGGUGGCGGCGGCGCGAGGGAGCUGAAGGCGGCCACGGAGGCGGAGGGCGCGGUGGCGGAGGCGUUCGGGUCGCUGCCGUCGUCGGAGCUGUUCCGGAAGACCAAGGUGAAGGACAUCUCCGGGUCGUUCCGGUGGGCGCCGUUCCUGGCGCUGCAGAGCUCGGACACGUUCCUCACCAUGCUGCUGCUGCUGUCCAAGUACCGGAUGAAGAGCCUCCCCGUGGUGGACAUCGGCGAGGGCACCAUCAGCAACAUGGUGACGCAGGCGGCGGUGGUGCACAUGCUGGCCGAGUGCGUGGGGCUGAGCUGGUUCGAGGACUGGGGCACCAAGACGCUGGCCGAGCUGGGCCUCCCCCUCAUGAAGACGAGCCGGCUGGUCAAGGUCUGCGAGGACGAGCCGGCGCUCAAGGCGUUCCGGCAGAUGAGGCGGCGCGGCGUCGGCGGCAUCCCCGUGGUGGACGGCGCCGGCAAGCCCGUGGGCAGCAUCAUGAUCAAGGACGUCAAGCACCUCCUCACGGCCUCCGAGUCCGCCGGACACUACAGGGCGCUGACGGCGAGGGAGUUCAUCGCGAGCGCGCGGCAGAGCUCGGGGGAGAAGCAGAUGAGCAUCAUCACGUGCACCAGGGAGGACAACAUGAAGGAGAUCAUCCUGAAGCUGGACGCGGAGAAGAGGCAGAGGAUCUACGUGGUGGACGGGGAGGGCAACCUGGACGGCCUCAUCACGCUCAGGGACAUCAUCGCCAAGCUCGUCUACGAGCCGCCGGGAUACUUCGGGGACUUCUUCAACGGCGUCAUCCCCAUGCCGCAGAACAGCAGGGUCUGA